AUGAGCAACAACCAGCAGCCAUUCGGGGGCCUCAAUAUGGCCCAGCUCAACCAGCUGAACCCUGCGCUUUUUGCCCAGCUGACUGGUCAGAUGCAGCAGCAGCAACAGCAACAGAACCAACCCCAGGCAUCCAACGCCGCUUCCAAUCUGUUAGGAGGGAUGCAGAUGCCGAACCAGGCUGGUAACAACCAAGUCGGUGCUCAGAAUAUGGGCGGCCUGCGAGGUAUCCCCCCUCAGCUACUGCAGCAGAUGCAACAACAACAAACUCCCCAAUCCGGCCCCAACCAGCAACAACGCCCCCCAGCUCAGCAAAACGACAAGGUCUCGGCCAUGCAAAACAUGAUGAUGCCAAUGUACAACCGGCUCCAGACCCAGAACCGUGACCGACUCGAGCAAGCCAGGCUGCAAGCGGUGUCCAACCCGGCACUGCAAGCGCAAAUCGCUGCAGAGCAGCUCAAGGCCCAUCAGAAUGCCCAGGCAGCUCAGUCGGCUCAAGCGCAGACGUAUGCUCAGGCUCAGGCUCAGCAGCAGGCUUCACAGCAGGUGCAGCAGCAGAGUCUUGGGGUACAGGGGGUUGCUGGGAUGCAAGGGAUGGGAGGGUUGCCGGGGAUGGGCGGUAUGGUUGGUUUCUCUCAGAAUCAAGACCAGCAAGGACUGGGGCAGAAUGGCCAGAGGCCACAGUCUCAGCUUCCGAAUCUUUCCCAGCAGCAAGGUCUGGGAGUCGCGGGGCAGGGCCAGGGGAUGAUGGACGACAAUGUGCGGCGAGCAGCUUUGCAAAAUAUGUUGCAGAACAACUCCACCCCAGCUCAACCUACUGCCCCGGCUACCAACAAUGCCAUCCCACCAGAAGUCCGAGAACUCUUGCAAAGCCACCCCGAUCUCGUACAGACCAUAUUCCGAAAACACGCCAAUAAUUCAGCAGGUGCAAUGGAGGAGAUUAGACGUGUCAUGGUCGCCCUGCGAGCGCAAGGAGCUGGCGUGCCGGUCGGGAUCAAUGGCCAGGUCGCGCCACCACGUACAGUGUCGCAGACUGUACCGGGGAACGCGACCAAGCAGGGUCAUCAGCGGGUUGGCAGUGAAACCUUCAACAUGAACCAGUUCGGAAACAUGAACCAAUUGGACCUGCUGCAGCAGCUCAAGCAGACGCCGCAGGUGAACCAGCAGGUUCUCUCUUCACCCCAGAUCCACAAUGCCAACACCGCCACCAACCAGCAAACCUACCCUCAACCACCACAAGCCCGUCCCGCUCCUCCCCGAAUCCAACCCACGCCCCCACAAAACAAUCGCCAACCCCAAUCUGCCCAAGCACAGAUGGCCGGAGUCAUGGGUGCUCUGGCAAACAUGGGGCAAUGGACUAGCGAAAGGAUCCUGCAGGUGGUGAUAGGCUUGUCAAAGAAGAUAGGACAAGCCAGAGAUGAGGGUGCUGGUGCGGCUGGCGGUGCGCCGGGGGGUAGGCCUUGGUCGCCUGCAGAGAGUAUCGCCAAGUUUCAGCUUUUACUGGUGCUUGCAGAGCUCAAGAAGCGUGGCAUGAUGAUACCUGAGGAUGUCUUGGCGGUUGGCGGUAUUUUGAUGCCGAUGGCAAAUCAUCGCGAAGCUUUGCUUAAUGCGGAACCCGCCAAACUCCAAGAAGUUGCCAAGUUGACGUUUGCGAAUGUCGAACGAAUACGGCAAGCUACGAUGGCGCAGCAGCAGCAACAGCAAAACGUUGGUCAAGCGCCUCAAGUUCAGGGUCAGGACCAGAUGUCGGCUCAGCAACUGGCAGCUCGACGAUUCCAGGGCCAGCAGCAAUCGCAGCAACAGCCGAUGAGAGGGUCUCAGAACAACCCUAUCGAGCUCGUCACGCCGACGAUGAACAACAGUCAACUCCCUGGACAGUUCCCCACCCCAGUACAGGCAUCAGCCGGGUCGGCGCCCAUGGCACAGCAACCUUCCGGGCAGUCUAUGCCCAACGCCACCCCUCUGCUAGGGAACGCUCAGCCGCCAAUGCAAGGUCAACAGAGCGGGCAGACGGGGAUGGAAGCGAUCCAGGACAUUCCCGAGGAGGCCUUCUACAAUUCGAUGAGAGCGAUGAUGCACAAGGGCACAAUGCCAGUGUUGCAGAAUGGUGCGCCGUCGAUAGAGGGUAAGCAGGUGAAUCUGCAUAAGCUGUUCCAGAUUGUGAUUCGCAAUAACGGGUUUGCCAAUAUCGAUGCUAUGCGAUGGACAUUCAUAGCAGGGCAGCUCGGUUUCGCCCAUCCCGGUACCAAUACCUCUACCGAAACCGGUCAACCGCCCAUCUCCUCCCCCCAUAUCGCUGGCCAGAUCAGAAGUAUCUAUGCCUCCGUCCUGCAGCCUAUGGAAACAGCAUUCAUGGCCGCUCGACGCGCCAGAAUGGGCGCAAGGGCUGGGCAGCCCCAAGCGCAGAAGGGAGGAACGGGUGCGACGCCUUUACUGGGCUCGGCUGCUCCCAUUGGGCAAGGUCAGCAGCAGCAGAUUCAAGGCUCUGGUGGGCUGUCAGAGCAACAAAAGAGGUUUUUGGAUGCGGCGAAAGCCUCUGGAGGAGGACCGAGUGUUGUCGAGGCUUGGCAGCAGCAGCAGGCUUUACAUGCUGCUCAGCAAGCUCAACAGCAGCAACAGCAGCAGCAGCAAGCGCCUCAGCAAGCCAAUGCGUCACGGCAGCAACAAUCGCAAGCUGCUGGUCCUACUUCUCAAGAUUUGCAAAAUUAUACCAAGAUGGCCUUCAAAAUGCUGGAGCUUGUCAAAAUGAGUGACGGAUUGAUUCGCGGCAAUCUUGACAAAAUGCCGAAUCAACCUGGCGUCGAUGCUCAAGGCUACGUCAAUGAUCUGCGAACGAUCAUCCCGUCAGCAAAGGAAGCCGAGACGCGACUCCCGAUCUUGUUGAUGCUCAUGACCGAUGCGGGUACAGGCUUUGACCAUCAAUUGGUCAUGCAGUGUCUACAUGCUUGCAUCGCUCCCCAAUACGCCUUCCUCGCCGCUGAACGGCAGAAUCGUUACGUCCUAGCUCCGGCAGACAUCAUGCGUAUCAAGACCUCUCUGGGUGCCUUUAACGGGCGCUUGCAGACGGUCACAAAGCUUAUUAACGAGCGCCCAGGCGGAAGCCUGCGGAUCAAGGCGAUGGUCGAGUCUGUCCACAAUGUGCGGACAGCCAUGCUAGCGAAAACACAACAACAGCAGGCUCAAGCACAGAGUCAAAUGCAAACCCAGGGGCAGGGCCAGGAUGGUCUGGGACUGGGACUCAACCUUGGAAACAUGCGAGAUAUGGUCCAGCAAAUCACUCAAUCUCUUCCCCAGCAAGCACCCGCUGCGCAAUCCAGUCUUGCUCCUCCAUCUGCUUCGCAAAAUAUUGCUAUUAAGGAUAGCCCGUCUGCUAUACAGGACGCAAUCCGUCAAAAGGGCUUGCGAGUCGAAGAUCUCAAACCGCCUCCUGCGCCCAAGCGAGGUGGCAAGAAGCCUGGCAUCGCCGCCGGCCCCGGUAGUUCGCCUGCUGCAGCCGUUUCUGGUGCCACUCCUGAAGGUACUGCGCUCAAAACGCCCGGUGCCACCGGCGAUAGCCCCAAGGACAAAAAGGUCAACAAGAGGAAGAGGCAAUCGACGGGUGACAAGGGUGGCAAGGGCAAGAAGAAGGCUACAGACGCCAAUGUGCCAGAGCUCCCGUCGCCGCUCGUCUCAACCGCCAUACCUCCUCAAUCCUCUGCGCCCGCGGCGCAAGUCAAUAGCCUCGAACUUCAGUUGACGGCUGAAGAGAGUGCUAGGAAGGCAGAGAUUGAAGCGCACAGGGGCUUCUUUGACCAGCAGCAGGAGAUGAUGUCUGUUGCCGGACUUGGCGAUGGGAGUAAAUCGGUGGAUUCAGCUUUGGAAAUGUUUGGUGCUAUCUAUGGCGCACAUCAACAGGGCUUAUCCCAGGCCGCUUCUCAUCUUGAGACCGGCCUGCCUACUUCCAAAUCCAACCCAUCGGCGGCCCCGCUAUCUGCUUCUGCCCCAGCGCCCUCCGCGCCUUUGCAGGCAGGUGGCAUGGACCCGAAUGAUUCAGACUUGUUUGACACGUACUUUGACGCCUCCCAAUUCUCUAUCGCCUCCAAUAUCCCGACCCCUGAUCUCGUUAUCGAGACACCUCACCCCUAUGGAGCAGCCGCGGUGGCGGAAGGUCAUGGAGCGAGAGAAGAAGGGGUGGAUAGCAGUCCAGAGAGCGUAAGAACGGUGGGAAGUACAGGUGUAGUAGUUGUUGGGGAAAAUAAGGGAAACACUGCGGGGAUGGAGGUGGACCUUGGCGAAGGGGCUCAAGGAAAAAGAGUCAUCUUGGGGAGUCCGGGGAGCAUGGCAUACAACGGCGGAAUCGAGUGGUAA